CUUAAACCGCACGUUCACCAUGCACAUUCGAACAAGUAUCCUAAACACGGUUGAAACUAAAUCAGCGGACUUAAAACUUACAGCGCCUAAUACAAUCUCGACCUUGGUGUAGUGACACAGGGACCAUGGUUACUAUGGAGGAAUUUAACAGUCACGCUGAAAAAGUUAAAAAGCUUAAAACAAAACCUACUGAUAAUGAUCUCCUUGAACUUUAUGGCUUGUACAAACAAGCUACAGUUGGUGACAACAAUACAUGUGCACCUGGUAUCUUCGAUCUAAAAGGAAAGGCAAAAUGGAACGCUUGGAAUGGAAAAAAGGGUAUUUGCAGCGAAGAAGCCAAAACGUUGUACGUGAAUAAAGCUAAAUGCCUUAUUGAAAAAUAUGGACUGGAAUCAUAAUUAAUAUUAAUUUUGUUCAAGGAAACUAAUUUAUUCAGUUAAAAUUCAUAUAUUUUUGAUAUGAUUUACAUAUUGAGUUCGGUUAUAAUUUUUACUCUUUUUUCUUCAUCUUUUUUACUUGUUACUUUACAAAUGUUAAUCGUAACGAUAGGGGUCAGUAAACAUUUUUAAUAGUUGUUAUUUACUGUAUAUCUAAACGACUUCUAUUGUCUUUCAUACUUUUUUGUAAUAUCGAAAUAUAUAUUAAAGGAAACAUGGA